UCCAAUCCUCUGCACUAAAUUGGGACAAAAUUUGACAAUCCCCAAAUUCCAAACCCUAAUUGCCAAAUCCAAAUCCAAAUUCCAUGAUGAUUUUACCGCCAAAAAGCAAAUGCUGUGCUCUCCCUCUUCAUCUCCAUCUCUCCUUCAAACCAUCUCCAACCAGAAAAACCGCCGCCCGAAUCCGCUUCCCCAUCCCCACAACACGAAAACUUUCCUUGCCUGGCCUCAAAGGUCGGAGUCUUACAGUUUCGAGCUCAUCAGCGCCGCAUUUGCAGCCAAAUGAUGAGACGGAUAGCGCCGAAGAGUUCAAAGUGGAACUUGGUCGGCUGCUGGCACUUUUGCCGGAAGAGAUGCGGCACAGGGUGAGCGAACAUCCCGAGCUACAUGACUUGAUUGAGGUGGUCAUGGACUUGGGCCGGAAGCCGCUGGCCCGCUUCCCGUCCGGGGAUUUCGUGCUGUCUGAUAACCCGAUUUCAAUGGAGGACAUUCUUCAUGCUACAGCUCAGGUUGGGGACUUUGCAGUUGAUAACCGAGCGGGAAUUAGCAGAACACUGCAUCGUAUUAGCGCAAUUAGAAAUAGGAAAGGUGCAAUUAUCGGUUUAACUUGUCGUGUUGGUCGUGCGGUGUCCGGAAGUGCCAAUCUAUUGCGUGAUCUAGUUAAAGAUGGUGCUUCAUUGCUACUUAUCGGGCCUCCUGGGGUGGGGAAAACCACAAUUAUCAGGGACAUAGCCCGUAUGCUUGCAAAUGAGUAUGAGAUGCGCGUAAUGAUUGUUGACACCUCAAAUGAAAUUGGAGGUGAUGGAGAUAUUCCACACUCAGGAAUAGGCCAUGCUCGCAGGAUGCAAGUUCCGCACACUGAUGUUCAACAUAAGGUGUUGAUAGAAGCCGUUGAAAAUCAUAUGCCACAAGUGAUUGUGAUUGAUGAGAUUGGCACAAAGCUUGAAGCUGCAGCUGCUAGUACAAUUGCUCAACGUGGAAUUCAACUAGUUGCAACUGCUCAUGGAGUAACCAUUGAGAACUUAGUGAUGAAUCCUGCAUUAGAGAUGCUUGUUGGAGGAGUGCAGAGUGUAACACUGGGCGAUGAAGAGGCAAGCAGGAGAGGAGUUCAAAAAAGUGUGUUGGAAAGAAAAGGGCCGUCAACUUUCACUUGUGGCGUGGAGAUAAUUUCUAAAGCAGAGUUACGAGUCCAUCGUAAUCUAGAAGCAACAGUAGAUGCUAUACUUGCAGGUCGCUACCCUAGAUUUGAGGUCCGAAAAUUGAAUAACGAAACAAAUGGAUUGGAGCCAAGUUUAUUCACUCCUGAUUUGUCUGAGAUUGAGACGAGCAGUGAAAGUUGGACUGAAGAUACUUCUGAAAUGAUUGAUGAUUCAUCUUUCCAGGAUGCAUUUGCCUCAGAAGGGACUUCUUAUGAAGAUGAGGACCAUCUCCGUAUAUUUCUUUAUGGGAUAUCAGAGGCAAGCAUCAUGCAAGGGAUAAAGCAGUUGAAGAUAGAUGAUACAAUCGAAUUUACUGACAACAUCAGUGAAGCAGAUGUGCUAAUAGCUUUGCAGUCCAAGCUCAAAAAGAAUUCUCGGCUACAAGCUGCUGCAAGAUCUCAGAGCCUUCCUACCUAUGUCAUCAAGACGACCUCUUUGGCUCAGAUAAUGAGGACUAUUCAAUCUUUAAUGUCUGACUAUGCAGAUGGUUUUGAAUUUUAUGAAUCUGACGCUAAGGCAAAUGACUCGGAGAAAAUUGAUGCUUUGGAGGAAGCAAGAAUCGCAGUUGAGCAAAGAGUAAUCCCAAAGGGAGAGCCCGUUGAUCUGCUUCCCCGCUCAUUAAACAUAAUAUUGCUUCAGAAGGACCUCAUUCGUAAAUACAAUCUCAAAACAGAAAGAAUUGUUUCUGAGCUUGGUGUGCGGCUCAGGAUCCUUCCCUUACAGAGCACAGCCAACGAAGGCAGUUCAGAAGAAAAAGAAGCCACCGACUCUGAAAACUUUUAUGAGCUAAACAAUGAAACAAACGGGUCUGCUAUCACUGUCAACCGAUUACCUCUCCUUCCUGACUAAAUAUAGUUGGUCCAAAUAUCAUAGAAGCACAGGUGGGGGAGGAAUGUCACAUCUAAACUAUUCACCGUACGAGAACAAGGUUGAUUGGAAUCCAUAUUAGCUUUCUUUCGAAUGUGCUCUUUUUACAUUUAAAGGUGAUUUAAUGUUUUCUUAUCAUUUUUAAGUCCAUCUUUUAGCAUUAUUUAUGUGGUUCACAAAUCACAAUGGUGCUCUAGAAUUGAAUAAAAUCACAAGUGAUAGGCUAUCUAUAUGUGUUUUUGUCCU